AUGUCCAGCGUUGCGUUUAGAUUCUUUUCUGAGACUGUGAGACAGUUGGCGCGAUCUCUUGCUGAAAUAGGUGAUCUAGAAUGGAAAAAGGUGGAGCCUCUGCUGCGUUUGUGUCCUACUCUGACUACUUCUGAUUGUUUGAUACUAACGUAUAGAAGUCGAGAAGCCGUGUUGGGGCUUCUACUGUUUCUCAGCGAAUCGGAAUUGAAGCAUAAGGAGAAGUUGGUUCCAUAUUUGCUUGAUUUUCUAAAGUCUUUGCCGUCAGCUCGUUGGGUGCAUUUAUGCAGCAAUUCUGCUAAGUCUGGCCAUUCUGAUAUUCAACACUUUGUCUUCCACUUGAUCAUCAUGCUCUUACAAUUAGCAACUCAGGAUGUCUCAACACAAAACCAGAUUCUCGUCUCCAUUCUGAAGUUGCUCCAAUCUCUUACAGAGAUGGUCACAAACGAGACGUCUGUGACCAGAGUGUUUCAUGUCCUCAUGCCAUCACUGCUUGGUGUUUGUGAAGCCAUCGGCGUCAGCGGCAACAAAGACCAGUUUUUGAGUGUUCUGUCAGACGUUGGUGCAUCAAUUGAGUCAAGAAACGACACCCAGAGUUGUCUGAAAUGGCAGUCAGUUGUGGUUGAGUCGAUUUUUGAAGAGGUGCAGUCUCUUACUCAAGCAAGCUUGUUGGAAAGACUGGAUGGUCUUCUGGAAGAAAACAUUGUAACAAAUGCUGGUCACGUGUCUUACGCUAGCAGCAGUGAUUUGACUGUGAGUGUGCUGCGUAUGCUGAACGCUGUGAUCCAGUCUCAUGACGUUCGCACCAUACCUUGUGCUGGAGCUAUUCAAACUCUUGCUCACAAUCAUCUCUCUUCAUCACGAAGUGAAGUUCACCUUGACAGAUCAUUCAGUGACACGGACAGAGCAAUCUCUCACCAACUAAAACAGAAAGUCCAAAUAGUCUGCACUUGCAUUGAGAUUGAAGUUUGGGCAACAAUGAAUGAAGCAGAUGCAGUCGGUUUGCAUCAUACUCUCUCAUCAAUACUAAACGCUGUCGGCGGAAAACGUAUGGACUACGUGCAUGCUCCACUGAGAUCUGCUUGCAUCCAACAGUUGGCAAAAUUAGCAGAGAUGUGGCCAGAAGUUGUCGGUGAAGUCAUUCAGAGUCUUCAGACAUUUCUCAUUGCUCCGUCGUUUGUUUUGCGACGUCUAAAGCAGCUGUCUGGCAGCGUUACCGGCGAGAGUGCUAAAGCUGUGGCAGAAAAGAAGUUGAUGCUUGAUGCAAAAUUUGUGCAAUUGAGACGAGAAGCAAUCGAUAGUAUCUGUUGUGCUUUACGAGUUGGGUUCAAAGCGAAUGGUGACUUUGUUCAGGCAUUUUUGGCUUCAGUAGGCAACAAGCUGUACGCAACACAGUCACAUGACCAGCAGAUGACAUCUUCUAAUAUUCUUGUUAUUCUUGGUUCUGUUGGAUGUACGUUGUCAGACACACCAGGUGCAGCAUCAUCAGCUCUGGCUCUGCUACAGAAGCGACUCUGCAAGCCACCGUCUAGCUUGGACACAUUGAUUGUUGAACAGAUGGUGCAGAUGGCCGUUCAAGCAGAAAGUGUGUGGUUUCUUGUUGUUGAUGAGUUAAUGCGUAUAACAAUGGAGGCAGCAACAUCGUCAUAUGGAAGUGGACCAGCUCACGGGCUGGACUACAAGAGUUGCUCUCGUGCUGUUAUGUCUGGUCUUGAAUACAUUGCCAGGCAUACGGCUGAUCAGAACAAGCUUCAAGAGUUGUUGCUACGAGUGCUAGAGUUGUUUAUAAAUUUGGCUUUGGAGGGGAAGAAGGCAGGUGAUCGGACAUCAGAACCGACCAAGGCAUCAUCUAGUGCUUUCAAUCUCGGACUUCUUCUACCCGUGUUGUCCGUGAUUGUCCAUCAAAUACCGGUUCUUGCUCAACCCAAACUACGAUUAUUGAAGUUGUUCAGAGAUUUCUGGCUCUACUGUGUUGUCAUGGGGUUUGCUGUUGAGACAUCUAAACUUUAUCCACCGGAAUGGCUGAGUGCCGUUCGUGAUGUCGCUGCUAAGUCUCCGAGUCUCUUAUCUGCCGGAUCUGAGCAAUAUCUUGGACGAGACUUGAUGCACGGAUCAGCACUGAGAAAUGAGAACGUUACACCGACUGAACUGAAUGAUUUGAGAACCAACUUGCUGGACAUAUUGUCUGGUCCAGCCGAUCUCAUCACAAUCGUUAACAAACUUACAGCUGCUCAAUGCACCUACCUAAUGUCAGUCUACCGGCUGGAAUCGCUACGAGUAUCAGCUGACACGAGAUGUUUCAAGAAUGUUUUUCUCUAUCUUGAGGACAAAGGCAUUCAAAGAGACAAAGCGGGGAUGUUUCAAUGCAUGCAAGCUGUAGCUGACAAAAUUUUUGGACAAUUUUUGCAUCUGUUAGAGAAAAAGCCACGUACAAGAGAAACAGAGCUGGAACUUGAAAGUCACGCUCAUUUUUUGGUUGUUGAAUUUAACAACUUGCACAAAAGGAUACAACAUGUUGCCGAUAAGUACUUGUCUACGCUUGUUGGAAAGUUUCCUCAUUUGCUGUGGUCAGGAUCAGUUCUCACAUUGAUGCUUGAUCUUCUUCACGCGAUGUCUCAGAGUCUAGAAGACAAGGCCAAGAAGUGGCAAGGUCAUGAGAUCCCUGUACCUCACACUACAUUAACACUCGUCUUCCCAGAGGACGAUCAAGCUAGAGAGAGGCUUGUACUUGAUUUUGCGGCUCGAUGUGGAGAAGUCAUUGAAGAGGCCGUAAAAUGGGCUCCAAAUCAGAGUCGAUCAUUGCUGCAGGAAUAUAUCACCAGACGUGAACUAAACAUCGGCGGUCUUCAACACCAUACAGGCAUCUGUCUGGCGACUGAAUGUGCUGUGAAGUAUUCCGGUCUUAACCACUUGGCUCAAGCCCAGAAGGCUUCUGUUCUUGAAAAGAUUCCUGACUGUUUGAAACGGGAUACGUCACAGUUGACAAGCAAACUGGCAUUACGGACGAGAUGCCUAGGAGAGAUAGCUGGCAUGAAGUCUCUGAUUUCAUCAACCUGUGGCAUUUCAUUAAAAUCCUUGCGUCAUAGACUAUCAUCUCAACUUGUAGAUGCAGCAGCAGCUGGUGGUGAAGAGUUUAUAACUUCGAUGUUCAGAGCGACAGCUUUGAUUGUUUCUAGUGAACUGGAUGCUUCUGAUCCAGAGCUUCUCAGAGCCGUCUGUUUUAUGCCAAUGAAGCUAUUCACUGAACAGGCAAUGCUGUCAGCUAUUGCAUGUUGGGAAUGGAUAGUUUCUGUAAAGCCAGAAUUUGAACUGCAGCUGCUGUCUCAACUGUUGGACUGUUGGCUUUGGACAGUUAAUCAUUGUCAAGGAGCAUUCUCAUCCGACACCGACAUGUCCAUCACUCCAAACACUCAACCGCAUAACAUUUUGACUAAAUUCUUACAAGAACGAUUUGAUGUUGCAAAGUACAAGAGUGCUGACCAGGUAUUUGUGUUUGUUGUUUCUCUAUUAGCCUGUAGACACGAGCAUUUUAACUGGACGAACAUGGGCUGUGUUGCUGCUAUACUUGUGACUGCAAGUAAAAUGCAAGAUGUACAGGUUGAGUUGUAUUGCCAUCUAUUACACUGUUCGCUUGGUCUUGGAGUUCGAUCAGGAAGUCAGGCGAAAUUCAAUCAAAUACUGUUGUCUAGGCACGUGUCGGCUGUUCAAACUCGAUUUCGGUUGCUGCAGCUUGGUCUUUCUGUUGUGCAAAAUGCUCCAGUGCCCGUUAGUAUCAGUGUUACUUUGCUUCGUGAGAGAGUCUACUCGACAGCACUUGACUACUUCAGUGUUGCUCCUCUUUGGCCAGUCAAUGAAUCUCAUGCUCUUCGAGAAGAUAUCCUGUCUCUGAUUAAGUUCUGGCAGGCCAUGCAGUCGGAGAAGAGACAUCUCAAAGGUCCCAUGUCUGCAAGCUCUGGACUAUUGGUGCCUCCUCAGGCAAGUGUCAACUCAAGUGGUAUCAGUCCUGAUCGUCUCUUGGUAUCACAGCAAGGCUGGAUGAACACGAUGGUACUCAGCUACUCAAAACAUUCACACAGUGGCGACAGAGCUACAUCUGAAUCUGGACGAAGUGUGAAGACCGAAGUUUAUAGCGACGAACUUAUGAGACUGUAUCAAAAGAAGAGAACCCUCAUUAUGGCACUUGUGGCAAAUGAGGUGGAACGUCUCUCAACGCUUUAUAAUCCUCUUGGUUUGCCUGAACAAGCCAUAGACGGUGAAGAAGUUGUGUUGCAGUGGCGAUCGACGUCGUUCCCUCAGUCUGAUCGUACAUGGAAAGAGUUUGUCCGAUUAGCAUGGCAGAUGUCACCACAUCUGGCUGUUCACAUGACUGACAGAUUUCCUAAUGUGGAUGCUGUCAAGAAGGAAGUGACGGCUUUGGUUAGCAUGCGUCCUGGGCCGGUGUCUGACGUUGUUGAGGCUCUUAGAUUUGUUCUUACUGAACAGAAUAUUAAAGGAGAGGCACCUGCAUUGACUCACUUGCUGUGUUGGUGCUCUGUUCCGUUUGUUAUUGCUCUGUCAUUGUUCUCUACUCUCUAUCCUCCACAUCCAGUUCUCAGCUACUACGCAGCGCGAGUGCUAAGGACAUGCACGAUGGAAGAAAAAUUGUUCUACAUUCCACAACUCGUGCAGGCUGUUCGAUACGAUAAGCUUGGCUUUGUGUCUGAGUACAUCGAACAGGCUGCAGCACAAUCUCAGAUGCUUGCCCAUCAGCUGCUGUGGAACAUGAAAACAAAUAUUUAUGUGGACGAUGACUCUCAAGUGAAAGACCCUGAUAUUGGAGAAAAGCUAGAGAAUCUUAUUGAACGAAUUACAUCAAACUUGUCUGGUGCUGCAUUGGCGUUCUAUAAACGUGAGUUUAGUUUUUUCAACAAGGUGACGGCCAUAUCAGGGCAAAUUAGACAGUUUCCACGUGGACCGGAAAGAAAGAAGGCAUGCCUGGAAGCUCUUGCAAAGAUAGAACCCGAGCCAGGUGUGUACCUGCCCAGUAACCCUGAUGCCGUUGUGCUUGAUAUUGACAAGUCAUCCGGUCGGCCUAUGCAGAGUGCAGCUAAAGCACCUUUCUUAGCCAAGUUCAGAGUUAGAAAGUGUGGAGUAGAAGAGUUGGAGAAACUGAACACAGAAGAAGAUGAAACUGAUGGCAACAUUAUUCCGCAAACAACGACGUUUCUAGAUGAUGGCAGCUACUGGCAAGCAAGCAUUUUUAAAGUUGGAGACGACGUUAGGCAGGACAUGCUAGCUCUUCAAGUAAUUGGGUUGCUGAAGACAAUAUAUGACAAAGUUGGGCUUGAUCUCUACAUGGUACCAUACAGAGUAGUAGCAACGAGCAGUGGGUGUGGAGUAAUCGAAUGCGUUCCUGACAGCAAAUCACGAGACGAACUUGGACAGACUACUGAGCUUAACUUGCACGAGUAUUUUGUGAAGACAUAUGGUGACGAGAGCACAUUCAAGUAUCAGGAGGCGCGACGUAAUUUCAUCAAAAGUAUGGCUGCGUAUUCUGUCUUCUGUUUUCUACUACAAAUUAAGGACAGACACAAUGGGAACAUCAUGCUAGACAGAGUGGGCCAUAUUAUUCACAUCGACUUUGGUUUUAUGUUUGAGUCGUCGCCUGGUGGGAACAUGGGAUUUGAACCCGACGUGAAACUGACACAAGAAAUGACGUUACUCUUGGGAGGAAGCAUGGACUCUCCAUCGUUCCAGUGGUUUAUGGAGCUGUGUGUCAAAGGCUAUCUCGCAAUCAGGCCAUACAUGGAUCAAUUUAUUGCUUUGGUUGCCAUGAUGCUAGACUCAAAACUGCCUUGUUUCAGAGGGAAUACACUUAUGCCAUUCACGGCUCGAAUGCAGCCACAGUUGACCGAGCGGCCAGCAGCACUGCAUAUAAUGAAGGUCAUUCGAUAUUGCUAUCAACACAUGCGUACCACUAUGUAUGACAUGAUUCAGUACGCUCAGAAUCGAUACUUCUACUAGUCAAGUGACUCACAGUGAAGUAGCAUGAAUCUUGUGGUGUUGGCAUGUACACACUAGAAAUUAUGCACACAAGAUUUGCAGCUCCUAGUACAAUGACUGAGGCAUGAAAAUUUUAAUUAAUUCUAUUGAUCGAAAAAUGUAAUAAACCAUACAACUUAGUAUUGCA